GCAAUUAGAUGUUAUUAGUAUUUUUAAAAAGAAAAUUUUUCAAAAAACUCACCUAAUUCGUCAGCACAGUGUGCGCAGCGGUGCUUUCCGCCGCCACCACUUGCUCAUUGGUGACCGGUUCACGGUGGAUUUCCUCACGGAACGCUGCACUCAUUUCACGUCUACCGUAACCCGAACUUGGGCUCAGUUCGCGUUGUUCUCGUCGUCGAUAAUCCGACGCAAAGCUCGAAUCUGCAGCAGUUGUAGCUGUCCCACGAGCUUCUGCUGUCCCGUAUCUUGAAGAGUCGUAGUGCCGGGUACGGUAAUCCGGUGUGUAGCUCUUCUCGAAACGACCGUAAUCAGCUGAUCUAUCGUAUGCUUCUGUAUGUGAUGAUGCUCCAUGUAUUGGUUCCCUACGGCUGUCAAACGAUCGAUAACCAUAUUCCGUGGUCUGUCGCUCUUUCUCGAGCUUUCGGGUUUCUUCUAGCUUGCGAUUGAUGAUUGCAGGUAGGUUCCCUAG